GAAUCAUUCCACCAUAGGUUGGAGACAUUCUCUUAAAUUUGCAGAUCUUUCUCCUCAGAUCAAACCAAUUCAAUGGUAAGAUUCCCAAUCAAAUAUGCUCUUUGAAUUUGCUACAUAUCUUGGAUCUUGCACAGAACAACUUGACGGGACAAAUACCAAAAUGCAUCAAUCAAUUGAGUGUUAUGCUAGUAAAGAAUACCACUCUAGAGUCACACAUCUAUGGCGAAAUGAAUGGAACUUCUCGAUCUAUAACUGAUGUGCUUCUAGAGCUAAAAGGAAGAGAUGAUGUAUAUACUUUGUUGGGCCUCAUCACAAGCAUAGAUCUCUCUGGUAAUAAAUUAUGUGGGGAGAUACCAAGAGAAAUUACAUCUCUCAAGGGGUUGCAUUUCCUGAACUUGUCAAACAAUCUUUUGAGUGGUAAGAUUCCUCAAAAUAUUGGAAACAUGGAAUGGUUGGAGUCAAUGGAUCUCUCAGAAAAUCAGCUUUAUGGUAAAAUCCCAUCAAGCAUGUCCAAUUUGAAUUUUUUGAGCAAGUUGAACUUGUCAUCCAACAAUUUGAUGGGGAAAAUUCCAACAGGCACUCAAUUGCAAAGCUUCGAAGCAUCAAGUUUUGCGGGCAACAAUCUCUGUGGUCCUCCGCUACCAAAGAAUUGCGAUGAUUUGCAGAAUAUCCCAAACCACCCUGAUGACAAAGAAGGUAAGAGAAAUGGGGUCAAUGGGUUUUAUGUGAGCAUGUCUCUAGGAUUUGUUUCAGGAUUUUGGAUAGUUGUUGGUCCUUUGCUCUACAGUAGAUCCUGGAGGUAUACUUACUUUCGGUUUAUAGAUUGCAUGUGGUACAAACUUCGAUAUUGUUGGUGAUGAGAAGGGGGGAAAAAAAGAGUUGUGUGAUUGUAGUUAUGGAUUAUUACAGGCAUUUUGUAUUUUGUUUCUUCUGUUUAUCGUUAAUCACUUGGGCUCUUGAAUAAUAUAAGCCUUGUUAGGAUUAUGCUUUCUAGCAAGAAUGUGUACUAUAUAUAUAUAUAUAUGUUUGAUAAUGUAUUGCUAUAUUGA